AUGGCCCCCGACACAGAAAAAUCUGAAAGGCCACCGUCGCCCAAGACGGACAUCACCAGCGACGGCAUCGACAACGAGAACACAGUCGAUUAUACCCAAAACGACAACACGCCGGUUGCCAGCCCACCCAGCCCAUCGCCAACCGCCAUGGACAAAAAUACACUCCAACUCCGCCCAGUCCGCUCGACGGCCUCGUCGCGCCAGCGCUGCAACCCGCCAAUAUCCCACGACACCCCCGUCGAGUUUGCCGACGGCCACGGCGACGACGACGGCGACGACGACGACGACGGCGCCAUGGACGGCUACAACGACGCCGAGAAGCUGCCCUACUCCAAGUGGCGCUGCAUCGCGCUCGUCGCCACCGUCACCGGCGCCACCUUUACCAACACGCUCUCUGUCCAGUCCGUCGUCAUCAUCCUGCCCAGCGUCGGCCGCGACCUCAACAUCCCCGACACCCGUCUGCAGUGGAUCGUCUCGGCCUACUCGUUGGCGUUUGGCUGUUUUCUGUUGCUGUGGGGCCGCAUCGCCGACGUCUUUGGCAAGAAGGCCAUCUUCGUCGCCGGCUCGGCCUGGGUCACGGCCACCACCGUUGCCAACCCCUUCAUCCCCAACGAGAUCGUCUUCAACCUCUUCCGGGGCUUGCAAGGACUGGGCGCCGCCGCCAACGUGCCGACCGCCAUUGGCAUUUUGGGCACGACGUUCCCGCCCGGCAAGGCCAAGAACUAUGCCUUUGCUGCGUACGGUGCCGGUGCCCCGCUCGGAUCCGUCUUUGGCAACCUCAUGGCGGGCCUCAUCACCUCGUACGCCAACUGGAAGUGGGUGUUUGGUGCCCUGGCCAUCCUCUCGGGCAUUGUCACGGUUGUCGGCUACUUGAUCAUUCCCGCGCAGCCGCCGCCGCAGACGGUCAUUCCUGUUCGGGCCGUCGCUGCCACCACGACUGCGACUGCUCCUGCCGAUGCCAACGACGCCACGUCUCCCUCGGUCGCGCUUUCCGCCGUACCCGUCCCUGCCACCUUCCGCAGCAUUGACUGGUUCGGCGCCUUCCUUGUCACGCUCGGUCUCGUCGGACUUUUGUUUGCUCUCACCGAGGGCAACGUCGUCGGGUGGUCCACCCCCUGGAUUGGUGUCAUCAUUGGCCUCUCCUUGCUGCUUGUGGCUGCCUUUGUGGGCUGGCAAAUGUGGCUCGAGACGCCCAGCAACGUCCGCAGGCAGAUCGCCGGCCACGCCUGGCCGCCGCGGCCCCUCGUGCGCAUGUCCAUCUUCUCGCGCUCGGCGGGCGGCGGCCUCUUUGCCACGUCGCUCGUCAUCAUGGGCUUGUUUUUCAGUUCCUUCAUGGGCUACCUCGUCUACGCGACCUAUCUCUUUCAAGACUACCUCGGCCUCAGCGCCAUCCAGACCACCCUGCGGUUCAUUCCGACGGGCAUCGCCGGCAUCAUCACCUGCUUCUGCGUCGCCCCGCUCCUCGGCCGCGUCCCGACGUAUUGGAUCCUGUUGUUUGGCAACGCCAGCGUGAGCAUUAGCAGUCUUCUCCUGGCGGUUCCCAUUCCGUUCCGCACGACGUCGUAUUUCGCCUACGGCCUCGAGGCCAUGGUGCUGUCGGUGAUGGGCGCCGACACGGCCUGGCCCAGUCUCACGCUCUUUGUGUCCCACGCCCUGCCUCGUGAAGACCAGGCCCUCGGCGGCGCCCUCGUCAACAUGGCCGGCCAGGUUGGCCGCGCCAUCGGCCUCGCCAUUGCCACCGCCAUCCAAACGGCCGUCAUGGCCUCGGCCCGCGGCGUCUCGGUGGCCAACGUCGGCGGCACCAAGGUCUACGACGAGCCCACACUACGCGGCCUGCGCGCCGCCAACUGGUUCAACUUUGCCCUGGGCGUGUGCUCAUUCCUGGUCGUCCUCGUCGCCUUCCGUAGUUCGGGUGUGAUUGGCAGCAACGCGAAGCCGCCCGCCCAGCCAUUGCGUGUUGAGGCUGCCACCAGAUCCUCGCCGUCUCCUUCUUCGCCCGAGCAGGCGGUCGAUGUCGAAAAGGGCCUGAGCACAGGUGCCACAAGGCGCACGCCAACCGUGGCUGAAACGUGA